AUGGCACCGUUGACUCCGCAACCGAAGCGGGAGCAGAUCCGAGAGCAGAGUUCAAAAAACGACUAUGGAGCAAUGUCUCAGUUCACACCUCCAAAGUCUUCAGAGAAAAGACAUCCAGAGGGCCUCAACAUCAUCCAUGAGGACGAGUCGUUAUUUUCGGAACUCAUGAUUUCCAUGAGCGACAGCGACGAGGAAGACCAAAAAGGCUGGGUUGACAGGAUUCUCCAACAACAAACUCAGGAGAUACCUUCGUGCGACCUGUUGGCGGACUCGCUCGUGAGCGGGAGCAGUCCCGCUCUUCCAGACGAGUCUCUGGUAGCCACCGUUGACAUGAAAGACGACAACCUUCCUGGAACGGCUAAUCCCCAUGAUGACAUGUUACGCAUUUUUAGUGUCCUUCGUGACGGCCUUCGCGAUUACAACUACCAACUUGCUAACGCCGGGCCAGAAAACGUUGUUGUAGUGCGCUCCGAUUUUCUUAUCAACUAUGGCCGCAACGUCGGGUGCAAUCUGCGCACAAAGAUGAUCAACGAUUACUUGACGAUGGCCAAGAACGAUGAAGAGCUCCUCAAUUACGGACUGUCCCAUCAGCUGGCGGACAUGACUAUUUUAGAGGAAAUUCGGCACUUGGUCCGUGAAAGCGACCGCCAAAGAAAGCUCUACAAUAAGAGAAAGAACAUGAUGGUGGAGAACAAGCGUGCAGUCUUGAGUUCUACUCCUGAAAUUAAUGGCAGUCCAGCGGAAAGUGGAGAUAGAAAAAAGAAGAGCCGGUCUGGAAAGUCUAAAGAUCUGAGCGUGGAGAAAAUCAAAAUAGGAUACUAUGGCAAUAAUCAACUGAGCGCAGUUGCCGACUUGGACCAGAUCUUGAAGGUUGAAGAAGACGAAAAGUAUAUCAUGGACCUUCGCAACAAGAACGACUUUUUGAGAGCUUGUAUUGAUGACAUCUUCUCGCCUGAUCUAGUGUUUGACCAUUCUUUGCUGUACACUAAGGUGCCAUUGAACUUGAACCCUGAUCUGAGCAUUGAUUUAGAAUCCGACAGGGCCGUGGCUUAUGCAGAAAACACGCUUUGGGUGGGUUCUCAUCUGGCUCCAAACGCAGUUUCAAGCGAGAAUUUCCCCAGACUUCUACAGAUGCGGGUCAUUGUAAAAGUCUACGAUCGCGACAAAUUGAUGCUGAAGCGCACCGAACCAGUUACCGGACAUCUGCUUCCCGACACAGGACACAUGAAAAUCAACCUGCCUCUGAACGCCAAAUACUGGUCCAGCCUGAUCAACGAGUAUUCGAACGGCUCUAUCGACGGCUCUAAAUUUGAGAACAUCCAUAUCACCCACACAAUAUAUUUCGACGAGGAGCCAGAUAUUGUGAAGACGGGCAGAGACGUUCCUAUUCACUCGUUGAUUUGGGAGUUCUUACUGAACAACAAGAUCAACUAUCUGCCGCACUCCGUUAGUGUGCAGAAGAAGAUCGAUCCGCGAAAGCAGCUCACGAUCAACAGCGUGAGGUCGAACUCGUUCUGCGAGCCUGGCCCGGUCGCAAACAGAGGCCACAAAAGAACCAGAUCAAGAUCACUCACGGAUCUGUCUACUCUUCGUCCACAGAUGCAUGCACCGCCCAUGUUCCAGCAAAUUGUGCCAAAACCUCAGCCAUUGCAAGACAUCACUGUAAGCUCUGCUCCGGCGAUGCAAACGCGGUUUGCCAUAAACGAUCCAAAAAAUAUUCAACGGUAUCAUAUGCAUUUGCAAGCUGCACAGAUUAGGGCGCAUCAAUCUCAGCAGAUUGCAUUGCAACAGCAGCAACAGCUAUAUAACAGUUUCUAUGGCGUUGGGUCGGAGGUCCAGUUCAUACCUCAGGAGUUCCAGUACCCACAAUCUCACAACAGCUCGGAUGACUCGAUUUCGUCCCACUCUUCUGUCGAUCACAUGCAUGCCUCUUUCUCGGGCUCGAUUCAGACUGCGAAAAGCUCGGUCAGCGGCUCUACAGGCGUCACUCCACGACUGAAAGAGUUUCAGUUCGAAGUCACAACUAUACCUCCGCCACAGGGGACAGAAUUUGGCUCUGGAAAUCAGAGCUCACCUACUUCGUCGACCAUCUCUGCCCAUUCCAACGAUGGGCACGAGAGCUCGAAAAGGAAGGGCACCACCGCCGCGCAGCCGUCCCUGCCCGGCAUGGGAUCUAUCAACCUGAAUGUUGGUGAUGCCAGAGCCAGCGAGCUGGAUUGGAAAUUUUACUAUUGCAACCCUUAA